UUCACGUGGACAGACUCUACAGUAAAUUGGAUUUCAAGAACAGACCGGACCUCAAAUGCCAGACGUUUGGAUUUGACUAUUACCAGAGCUUUCAAGCCAUGAUAUUUGCUGUGGAGAAAAUCAAUGCAAACCCAGAUCUUCUUCCCAACAUCACUUUGGGCUUUAAGAUUUUUGACACUUGUGCCGCCAUGAGACGGGCAGUAGAAGGGACAUUCUGGAUUUUAUCAGGAGGAAGUAAAAGCAUUCCCAGUUACCAAUGGCAAGAGAAAACACAUCUUGCUGGUAUCAUUGGUGACUCUGGAUCAGUACGUUCUAUUCUAAUGGCUCAGAUAUUGGGAAUUUACAGAUAUCCACAGAUUAGUUAUUUUUCUACUAGCCCCAUCAUGAGUAAUAGGAAUCAGUUCCCAUCCUUCUUCCGUACAAUACCUAGUGAUGAGUUUCAGUCUCGAGGUCUAGCUCAGCUUGUCACAUACUUUGGUUGGUCAUGGGUUGGACUCUUGGCAAUUGAUAAUGACUACGGUCUGCUUGGUAUCCAAGUGAUUAAAGAAGAGUUACUCAGGUCUGGAGCAUGUGUGGCCUUUGUUGAGAACAUCUUGACCAACCUUCCAAACAGAAAUGCUCCACAUAUUGUAAAAACCAUCAGAGAGUCAACAGCUCAUGUUAUUGUAGUGUUUUCACUUCCCCAUGACUUCAUCCCAGUGCUGGAAGAGUUACUAAUGCAAAAUGUGUCUGGCAAAAUCUGGGUAGCCAGUGAAUCAUGGUCGACAUCUGCUCUUCUGUCCAGUAAAAGGUUCCAAGAAAUCUUGGUAGGUACUAUUGGCUUUGCCAUCCACAGUGGGUGGAUGCUGGGAUUUACUGAGUAUCUUAACAGCUUUCAUCCUUCAAAAUAUCCAGAUGAUGACUUUGCCAUUGCCAUAUGGGAGCAUAUAUUCUCUUGUGAUUGGUUUGAGAAUCGGAAUAAUAGGACAACUCAAGAAUGUACAGGUGGAGAAAAACUGGAGAGUUACAUAACAAAACCAGACUUCAGACUUUCAUUUAAUGUCUAUACCUGUGUUUAUAUCUUUGCAUGGGCCUUGCAAAGUUUGCUUCAAUGCAAAUCUGGGUCUGGACCAUUCCAUGAAGGAGAAUGUGCUGAUAUCUCAUCCUUUCGACCUUGGCAAUUACUCCAUUAUGUUAAAAAUACUAAUUUUCAGGCUGAUGAUAAAACACGGAUAUUCUUCAAUCAUAACGGGGACCCUCCAGCCAUUUAUGAUAUUGUAAACUGGCAGCUAAGGACAUCGGGAGAAUUGGAACAGGUUAUUAUUGGAAUUUAUAACUCAAGUGCCCCGCAUGGAAAUAUGCUAAUAUUAGAAAGCACUUCAAUUAAAUGGAAUACAGGGGAUACACAGAUGCCAUACUCCAAGUGCAGUCUAAGUUGUCCAUUGGGAUUUCAAAAGGUGACAAUAUCAGGGAAGCCAACCUGUUGUUAUGAGUGUGCUCACUGUCCUCAAGGGGAAAUCUCUAACCAAACAGAUGCUGUUGAGUGCCAUCAGUGCUCAUGGGACAUGUGGCCGAAUCAAGAACAGGAUACAUGCCUACUGCGAGGUAUAGAGUUUCUUUCCUACAAAGACCUAGUGGGUGUCAGCUUAGCAGCCAUUGCCUUCUUCUCAUCUACAGUCCCAGUUUGCAUUCUAGUAAUUUUUUUCUACCACAGGACUACUCCAAUAGUUAGAGCCAACAACUGGUCCCUCAGUUGCCUUCUUCUAGUUUCCCUCUCCUUUUGUUUUCUAUGUUCCUUGGCUUUCAUCGGCUACCCACAACCUGAGAUGUGCCUACUGCGCCAGGUAUUUUUUGGGAUGGUUUUCACACUCUGCAUUUCCUGUGUCCUAGCAAAGACCAUUACUGUUGUAAUUGCCUUCAAAGCAACCAAGCCUGGCUCAAGGUUACAAAAAUGUUCAGGGAUCAAGGUCUCAUAUUGUGCUAUGGGAAUUUGUGUCCUUAUCCAGCUAUGUAUCUGUGUACUAUGGUUAUCGUGUUCCCCUCCUUUUCCAGAAUAUGACACUCAGACACUAUCUAGAGUCAUCAUUGUUACCUGUAACGAAGGCUUAUCAGGUGUUUUUUUCUGGAUCAUGCUUGGAUAUCUUGGCCUUCUGGCUGCUAUCAGUUUUAUUUUUGCUUUCUUGGCAAGACACCUUCCAGACAGUUUCAAUGAAGCCAAGUUAAUCACAUUUAGCAUGCUGGCCUUUCUCAGUGUCUGGGUGUCCUUUGUUCCAGCUUAUUUUAGCGCUCGUGGAAAAAACAUGGUUGCCAUGGAGAUCUUUGCCAUCCUUUGCUCCAGCUGGGCUGUGGUCAUCUGUAUCUUUGUGCCAAAAUGUUUCAUUAUAUUGUUCCGACCCAACAUGAACUCCAGAGAGCAUCUCAUGAAAAGAGACAAAGUGCAAAAAUAAAAUACAA